CGAUCGAGCGUUUUCGAGGCACUUGUGAAAAGUUACUCAACGCGAGCAGUUCGGAAAGCUUAACUAACCAGCUGGAGCUUGCUAAGAAAACCCGUUGUCACCUUAUCAGACAGAGACGAAAACAAAAACAAAAAACAGCUGAGCAGCAAGACGCGAAGCGCGUGUGCAAAAAGACGGCAAGAAAAAAGCACAAGAGAUACACACACCGAAAAAAGAAGCGUUAUUUCGGCAGCGGAAAAUUUUGAGGUCCCCCCUGCCGAACACGAAGCGUAAAAGCUUUUACGUCAAACAAACAAAGGUCAAAGUCACCUCCUUCGCAGCCACACACAACGUGUUUGCCGGUCAAGAUGAGUGGUUCCGUUCUGAGCAUGUCGCGUCCUGCAGCAGCCGCCGCUGGCCAUAAUCUGCUUACCAAGCAGCUAAAUUGCAAUGGCAACGGUACCUCGAACGGCGGUGGAGUGGCGGCCAAGACCACUGUGGCCUCGGCCAUAACACCGCCCAAACAGCCCCAAUUGGCGGCCAAGGUCAUCCAACAGUCAAAGAUCGUGUGCUUCGAUGUGGACUCAACAGUGAUUUGCGAGGAAGGCAUCGACGAAUUGGCCGAGUUCUGCGGCAAGGGAACCGAGGUGGCACGUGUAACAAAAGAGGCGAUGGGCGGUGCCAUGACCUUCCAGGAUGCCCUCAAAAUCAGGCUGAACAUCAUCCGGCCGACGCAGCAGCAAGUUAAGGACUUUAUCGAGGAGCGCCCCAGCACACUGAGCAAAAAUGUCAAGCGCUUCGUCUCACACCUCAAGGCGGAGGGCAAGCAGGUGUAUUUGAUCUCUGGUGGCUUCGAUUGCCUCAUAGCGCCCGUGGCCACCGAACUGGGUAUUCCCCUGAACCGCGUCUAUGCCAACAAGAUGCUGUUUGAUUAUUUGGGCGCCUACGAUAGCUUCGACAUUACGCAGCCCACGUCGCGUUCCGGUGGCAAGGCGGAGGCCAUUGCCUUGAUCAAGCAACAGCAUCCGGAGGAUUCCCUCAUCACCAUGAUCGGCGAUGGAGCCACCGAUCUGGAGGCUGUGCCGCCGGCCAAUUACUUUAUUGGUUUCGGUGGGAAUGUGGUGCGACCAGAGGUCUACCGACGGGCCCAGUAUUACGUAACGGACUUUGAACAGCUGAUGGGGCAGUAAUACACACACACACACACAUGCCAUGCCAUGCCAUAUACAAAAGGUCAGGAGAGUGGGUGAAUUUAGUAUUUGAAAUCAACGUGUUAUAGCUCGUAGUGAUGUCCGAAACUGUGCGUGUAUGUACCUUAGUAUGUAACUAAAAUAACAAUAAAAAGCGAUAGUAAAAUUAUGGAAAACGUGAA